GGCUGCAGGGACCCGGUCUCAGCCAGGGCCUGACCAAGGGAGCCGCUCCCCUCCCUGACAUGCACUGGGCCCCCCCGCCACAUGCCCCGGGCCGGUGCCACUGAAAGGGACCCUCCUCUUCGUCCAUGACUUCAUGGAAGCCGGGAGCCGGCAGCUCUGCGGGGACACGGACACGCUUCCCGCGGGCCCCCGGGGCAUGGCACUGAGCCGGGGACCCCAUGCCAACUCGCUUCCUGGGCUCUCCCCACUUCCGGCCCCCUCCUGCCGCCCCCUUCCCCAAGUGCAGUGGUGAGUGUGGGGGCCGCGCGCGUGCCCCGGGCGUGUCCCUGGCGCCCGCCAGCGCCCGCGCCCCAAGCUGGAGGGCCGCGAGGAUGAGAUGAGCGGGGGGCGCUUCGACUUUGACGAUGGGGGCGCCUACUGCGGGGGCUGGGAGGCGGGCAAGGCCCACGGGCACGGGCUGUGCACGGGCCCCAAGGGCCAGGGCGAGUACUCGGGCUCCUGGAACUUCGGCUUCGAGGUGGCCGGGGUCUACACCUGGCCGAGCGGGAACACCUUUGAGGGACACUGGAGCCAGGGCAAGCGGCACGGGCUGGGCAUAGAGACCAAGGGGCGCUGGCUCUACAAGGGCGAGUGGACGCACGGCUUCAAGGGACGCUACGGCACCCGGCAGAGCAGCAGCAGCGGCGCCAAGUACGAGGGCACCUGGAAUAACGGCCUGCAGGAUGGCUAUGGCACGGAGACGUACGCCGACGGAGGCACCUACCAAGGCCAGUUCACCAACGGCAUGCGCCAUGGCUACGGAGUGCGCCAGAGCGUGCCGUACGGCAUGGCUGUGGUGGUGCGCUCGCCGCUGCGCACGUCGCUCUCGUCCCUGCGCAGCGAGCACAGCAACGGCACGCUGUCCCCGGACUCGCCCGCCUCGCCCGCGCCCGACGGCCCCGCGCCGCCCGCGCCCUGCAUCCCGCGCGGCGGCUUCGCGCUCAGCCUGCUGGCCGGCCCCGACGCGGCGCGCGCGCCCAAGGGGGGCCUGUUCCAGCGCGGGGCGCUACUCGGCCGGCUGGGGCGCAGCGAGUCCCGCGCGUCGCUGGGCAGCCAGCGCAGCCGGGUCAGCUUCCUCAAGAGCGAGCUGAGCUCGGGCGCCUCGGACGCCGCGUCCACCGGCAGCCUGGCCGAGGGCGCCGAGGGCGCGGACGACGCGGCGCCCUUCGACGCCGACAUCGACGCCACCACCACCGAGACCUACAUGGGCGAGUGGAAGAACGACAAGCGCUCGGGCUUCGGCGUGAGCGAGCGCUCCAGCGGCCUCCGCUACGAGGGCGAGUGGCUGGACAACCUGCGCCACGGCUACGGCUGCACCACGCUGCCCGACGGCCGCCGCGAGGAGGGCAAGUACCGCCACAACGCGCUGGUCAAGGGCACCAAGCGCCGCGUGCUGCCGCUCAAGAGCGGCAAGGUCCGGCAGAAGGUGGAGCACGCCGUGGAGGGCGCCCAGCGCGCCGCGGCCAUCGCGCGCCAGAAGGCCGAGAUCGCCGCAUCCAGGACGAGCCAUGCCAGGGCCAAAGCCGAGGCAGCGGAACAGGCCGCCCUGGCUGCCAACCAGGAAUCCAGCAUCGCGAGGACGCUGGCGCGGGAGCUGGCUCCGGACUUCUACCAGCCAGGUCCGGAGUACCAGAAGCGCCGGCUGCUGCAGGAGAUCCUGGAGAACUCGGAGAGCCUGCUGGAGCCCCCCGAGCGGCCCCGCGAGCGGCCCCGCGAGAGCCCGCGCAUGCACGAGCGCGCCGGGCUGCCCGCGUCGCCCCCCGCCACGCCCCCGCGGCCCCCGCGGCCCGGCGCGGCCGAGCCCGGACGGCGGAGCCCGGGCACCUGGAACGGGCCGCCGGGCGCAGGCGAGCUCAUGGCCAUCGAGGCGCUGCGGCCGCCGCCGCCGCCCGCCGCCGAGCCUGAGGUGGCGCUGUACCGCGGCUACCACAGCUACGCCGUGCGCACCGCGCCCGCGCCGCCCCCCGACGACGAACCCGCGCCCCCCACGCCCGAGCCCGCGCCCCCCGAGCCGCCCGCGCCCCCCGCGCCCGCGGCCCCCGCGCCCGAGCCCGCCGCCCGGCUGGAGCCCAAGCCCAUCGUGCCCAGGGCCGAGCCCAGGGCCAGGGCCCGCCGGACAGAGGCGCGCGCGCCCGCCAAGGGGGGCGCCAAGAGGAGGGCGCGCAAGGAGGCGGCGCUCGGGCCAGACGCGCAGGAGGAGGUGGAGGAGGUGCCCAACACCGUCCUCAUCUGCAUGGUGAUCCUGCUCAACAUCGGCCUGGCCAUCCUCUUCGUCCACCUCCUCACCUGACCUUCGCUGCCAGCCCCGGAGCUCCUGCGGGGCCACCCAGCAUGGACGUGGACCUGGCGCCUGGGACACACGGAGCCCUCAGGAGUCCCCGCGGAGGCACUCGGGCACCCCAGGAGUGGGAGAUGCUGAGGCCGGGGGACGCUCUGCCCCUCCCCCACGCCCCUCCCCAGCCGCCUCGCCUGGUGCCCCCGCCCCUGGGCCGGCCUCCCCCGCAGCCAGCCGGGGACCCGCGGCAGUUGAGACGCGCGGACUCCGCUCACCGCACACACUCUGCCUUGCUUCCGGACGUCGGGGUGACGGGGACACGGGCCGGCCCGCUGCCCGGCCUCGGGGCUCCUGUCUCUGGCCCCGAGCCAGCCCGGGGGUCGGGACGGGGGGGGCGGGGCAGGGGCGGUCCUGCUUUGGGGUGCUCAGGCCGGUCUUCAGGGACGCCCAGGGCUGGCGAGAAGAAGCUGCUACUGUCCCGCCGGGUGGCCCCGGGCCCCAGCCAAGCCCCCCGCCGGCUGUGGCGUGACACGGGAGCCGCGGGGCUGCAGUGGGCCGGCGACCCCCCGGAGAGAAGGGACGCGUGCCCGCCAGGAGCCAGUGUUUGCGUGGAGCCUGCUGACCCGCGUCUGUUCCCCGCGGCUCUCGGCCCCGGGUGCUUGGCUGUCGGCCCGCCCGGGAAGGACAAAGGGACAGACUUCCGGGCCGGCCGUCCCCGCUUUCCCGGGGCCCGGGAGCUAAGCCCGGCUUCCCCAGGGCGCGGUGGGCUCUGCCCCUCCCCGCCCCCCCCCCCCCCCCCCGUCCCCCAACCCUGCCCC